AGGUGGCUUAAAACCAAGACAGGAGGGCCGUACAAAAAAUGGCGAAGGGGUCACAGGCUCAGCAGCUUCGCAAGUAUGCGCCUGCUGUGAUUGCUUGCGCUCUUGUCGUCCUCCUUGUCGUUGAAAGGAGCAGCAGCUACCGGUCCAGUCUGGUCUCGCUCGCUGAUCCUUCAGACUCGCAGUUUGAGGACCCCCAGCUGAAUCAGAUCUACAAUCAAGCCCUCCGCGAGUCCCUUCGUGACUCUAAGGAGAUCAGCAGAGGCUUCGAGUGGAAGCACUUGAAGAAUUCCGCCAGCCAACCAGCAGAAGCUCCGAAACAGCAACAACUGCAGGCCCCAGCUGUGAAGAAGAGCGAGGAGACCAAGGAGGAUGAGAGAUUGUCCUCUGGUCAGGCCAGGAGCGACCUCAGCGCUUUCUUCACGCAUAUGGAGAAAAGUCAUAGUGACUCAGCACCUCAUGAGCACGUGGAGUUGAAGAAAGCUCCUGCGGUGAAAGGCCUGUCUGAGUCCACCAAGAGGGAGCUACAAGCACUGAUGGGGGAGAAGCAGAAGGCCAAGCUCAUGAAUCAGGUCAAGCAGCAGAAACAUGACAUUCGGAUCCUUGAGCACAUGCUUGUCGACUCCCUUGCUGCAAAGUCGAACCCCGUAGAGCCGAAAGCUACUGAGACGAAGAGAUCGCGCCAUGCCGAUGACCAGCAGGACCAGGAGAAGAGUGCGGAGAA